AUGAGAAAAAUCUCUCUUAUAUCCCACACUGCAGCCUCCAUCGUGAGUUCUUGCUUCCUGCUGACUCAAGGUCAGGACACCAUCACCGCCAAAAUCUCCAUCGCUGUGGAACCACUGAAUCCAGUAGCAGGACACGGUGUCACCCUUACACCAGGAGUUGUCUUAGAAGAUUUUAAAAGGUGCCGCUGGUACCGUGGGGUGACAGCGGAAUCGGAGGACCUGAUCUUCACCCAUAUACCUCCAUUUUAUGUGAUGGGAGUGGCCUGCACUCUGCGAGAGACAAUAGGUCCUGGUUGCUCCCUUCACAUCAGGAAUUUAGUACCAGAGGACUCUGGGAUUUAUACAGUAACACUGGACGAAGGUGGGAUGCUUUCUACCACAGGCCAUGUGGACAUGGAGGUUUCAGGUAUGACGUUCUCCAGCCCUUCUAAUGCCUUCAUGUCAGGGAUGAGGAAAUCUGUGGGCCUCCAGAUCAGCAGCCCUCAGCCAGCAUGGCCAGUGAUCAGGAAUGAAGGAAGUGGGAGUUGAACAACAUCUGGCACCCUCCUGAUAUAUCUUUAGGCACAGGGGGGGUGGACAUUCUUAUAUAAACAGGUAUUUGGCCUUCAACCAUCUGUAUGUAGCCUUUUAGAUAUAGGUGUGAUAUUUUUAAUGUAUUUCUUUUAACGUAUCUACCAUAUUGGCCUGUAUAUAAGCUGCACCCGCAUAUAAGCCACACCUUUAAAAUUUGGCAGUUUGGGGGAGGCUUGGGAGCCGCAGACGGGACAGGCACUGUUGCCCCGUGCUCCUGGGCUGCUUCCUGGCGUGGGGGGAGCCACGCCGCUUUGCCAAUGGCAUAAGGUCAUGAAUAUAAGCUGCACUUUCAGACACGAUCAGCUGCAUGAUCAGAAUUUGGGGGGGAAAGUGCAGCUUAUAUUUGGGCCAAUACGGUAUGUGGGGUUGUUUGCUUGGAAGUCACUUUGUUUUGCCCAGGGCAAGAUGAAGGAACUAACCAAAUUUUAUAAUUAACAAUAACAAUAAUAGCAUCUGGGGAGCCACAGAUUCCUUCAUGCCUAGUUUAAAUGCGCCCUGACUUGUCUCUCCUGCUGCGUCAUUAAAUGUCAGGCUUCGGAGGAUGCAACCCCACAUGGUAGGUUGCCAGGAGUGGAGAAGACGAGGAAAGUUCUUACCAAUUUUUUUUAUUCAAUAUUCACAGAGAGAGGCUUAGAAAUGCAGCCUCUUGGAGUAAUGGUGUUGCUCUGAUUGAAACGCUACCCCCUCUGUCUCUCCCACUAUGCGUCAUCACUACGGUGGGCUGAGCUGUGCCUUUGGCCUCUGAGCUCUCUGCUGUCCUACUUUCAAUGCCCACCGGGUUCUGGGAAAGGAGGGGUCUGGAAUGCUUUCUAAAGACACUGAGUCUGUCAGCUGUCUCUCCCCUGGCGCUUCUUCUUCCUCCUCCUCCUCUCCCACUAUUUUCCAGCUUUCCUCCUCAUCUGCCUCUGCGUUGUUGUGAUUCUGAACUGUCUUCUUCUUCUUCUCUGGAAGGGUCAGGCUGGAGAGGCAGUCUCCACCAUUUUUCCUCUGCCCAGUCCCUGGUAUUAAGUAAAGCAUCCCAUGUGCUUCACCUGAGAGUCUAGUCAACCUCACCCUCCAAAGUGAGCCUCUCCUGUCUUGGGGAAUGGUCUAAAGGUGGGGUUCCUUAAUGGUCAUAUGGGAUGGAGAAUGCAAGAGCUGGAACACACAAGGACUCACCAAGGAUAAGCCUCUUUCUAUUCUUUGUACAGAAAUCCUCUCCAGACCAGUUCUGUUGCCUGUAGAAUCGGUGCUGGCAGAGAACAGGAGCGUCACCUUGCGCUGUAGCACCUCAGACAGCUCCAAUGUCAAAGUCUUCUGGUUCAAGAAUGGGGAGCUCCUCCAAGCUCAAGCAGGACUCUCUGAGCAGAACAGAACCCUCACUCUAGCUGGAGCCUCCGAAGAUGAAUUGGGGACCUAUACCUGUGAGGCCAGAAACCCCAUUAGCAACGCCAUAAGCAAUCCCAGCGUAAUAAGUGAGUAA